AUGUACAACAAUGAAGCACUCACUUCUCCAGCUCCAAUAGCGGGCUAUACGCCUGAUUUGGAUACAUCCCAUUAUGGUGCACCACCAGAAGAACGCAUUCGUCGACGUGGUAAGACAAAGAAGAAGGUAGCGCUUACCGAUGGUAAUCUAGUUGUUGAUCUACCGAUUCCAUCGACGCUUGAUAAGGUCAUAAUGAGGCGUGAUCUCGAGGAUAUGUCUAAAGUUCGCUAUACCGCUGUUACUUGCGACCCAGAUCACUUUGAGAAAGAGCAGUUUACACUCAGACAAAGUUUGGGAAAUAGACGUACGGAGUUGGCCAUUUGUAUUACAAUGUACAAUGAAGACGAAGUACUUUUCUGCCGUACGCUUUACGGUGUCAUGAAGAAUAUCAGUCAUUUGUGCUCAAGAAAGAACAGCUCUACGUGGGGUAUAGACGCAUGGACCAAGGUAGUUGUUGUUAUCGUCGCAGAUGGUAGAACAAAAGUUCACCCGCGCGUAUUAGAUUGUCUCGCCAGUUUAGGUGUUUACCAAGAAGGUGUCGCUAAAGGUGCCGUUAAUGAUAAGAACGUCGAAGCACAUCUCUUCGAAUAUACCACUUCAUUAGCACUUGGUCCAGAUCUCAAGUUCAAAGGUCCUGAAAAGCGCAUUGUUCCAACCCAGAUCAUCUUCUGUCUUAAAGAGAAAAACGCCAAGAAAAUCAACUCUCAUAGAUGGUUCUUCAAUGGUAUCUGCCCAGUUCUCCAACCAAACAUCUGUGUUUUGCUUGAUGUUGGUACACGUCCACAUCCAAAAUCUAUUUACCAUCUUUGGAAAGCAUUUGAUAAGAAUUCGAAUGUAGGUGGUGCAUGUGGUGAAAUAAGAGCAGAUACUGGUAAACAUGGUCGUGCAUUACUUAAUCCAAUAGUUGCAUCUCAAAAUUUCGAGUACAAGAUGUCAAACAUCCUUGAUAAACCGACGGAAUCCAUAUUCGGAUAUAUAUCAGUCCUACCGGGUGCAUUUUCAGCCUAUAGAUACGUUGCUCUCAAGAACGAUGAUAAUUUCGGCUUAGGACCACUUCAUUCGUAUUUCAAAGGCGAGACAAUACACAUGUCAGAGAAUGAGAGUGUUUUCACGCGUAAUAUGAUGCUUGCGGAGGAUCGUAUUCUUUGUUUCGAGCUUUGCGCAAAACGUAAAGAAGCCUGGACGUUGAAAUACGUUAAAUCAGCUGUCGGUGUUACAGAUGUUCCAGAUAGAGUUCCGGAGCUCAUCAGUCAGAGACGUAGAUGGCUUAAUGGAUCAUUCUUCGCUGCUAUAUAUGCUCUUACGCAUACAGGUCAGAUAUUAAACAGUGGACACUCAAAAAUGCGCAAAUCGUGGUUGCUCAUUGAAACAUUUUACGCCGCUAUUAAUUUAUUCUUCAGUUGGUUCGCUUUGGGUAACUUCUAUUGUUUCUUUGUUGUCCUUACAAGGGCUCUCGAAGACCCAUCAUUUGGUAUACCAGGUAUUAAAUUCUUCAAUCUUGUUGCACAAGCUGUAUAUGGUGCUAUGAUUAUUGCUUGUUUCACUUUCAGUAUGGGUAAUAGACCUGCAGGUGCUAGCUUUAAAUAUACAGCAGUUAUGUGCGUCUUUGCGGUUUUGUCUAUAUAUAUGGUUGUCGCGGCCAUUAUAUGUACUGUACACGUAGCUCAGCAAUCGGAACAUAACGCAAUGUACGCUCAAAUGCUCAUUUCGCUUAUCGCAACUUAUGGUCUAUGGGUAGCGGCUAGCUUGAUCUCACUCGACCCAUGGCAUUUGUUUACUAGUUUCCCGCAAUAUCUCCUUCUCGCCGCCAGUUAUAUCAAUGUACUGACGACCUUCGCAUUCUCUAAUCUUCACGAUCUGACUUGGGGUACUAAAGGAGAUAAUGUUCCAGAGCAGAAUACAGGAAAAUUCAAGACGUCUAAAGAUGGAUUGGUUGAAGUUGAGAUGUACGACAACAAACCGGAUUUGGACGGUCAAUAUGCAGACGCGCUGCAUAAAUUGAGAACGAAGAUGCCAAUCCCACAAGCGCCACCUAGUGCAGCUGACCGUGAACGCGCUGCAGCUGAUUAUCUUGCUAGCUUCAGAUCAAAUGUGUUGUUAUGUUGGAUAUUGUGCAACGGAGCUCUGAUAAUCGCCGUUUUAGUAGGUACAGGCGGGGAUGGAGCAUUCGGAGACAAUGGAAAUAAAAAAGUACAAGCGUAUAUGUUGAUUAUUUUAGCCUUUGUCGCUAUAACGAGCGCAAUAAAAUUCUUAGGUUGUGCUACUUAUAUGAUUGCAUCGUUGUUCGGAAUGUAA